AUGUUAAAAAUCUAUAGACUAAGCCACAAGCAACUACUGGGAAAGUAGAAGAAUAGAAAAGAGCAGAAGACUGCAGCUAAUCAAUAAAAGCCAGGAACAACAGGCACUAAUCAAUAGACUACUUAAUAAACUUAAUAGCAAACUCAAUAAUAGCAGCAAUAAUAGUAGCAAAAAGUCGAUCCAAAGGUUAACCCAUAAUAGCAAAACACCAAUGUUGCAGGUGGAACUACUUAAUAAUAACAAUAGAAUUAGUAGAAAAAUGCGGCUUAGGAUCAAAAGGGCAUAUAACAGUAAUAAUAAACUGGAGCUAAUACUCAAUAAAAUACAUAGAUUUAAUAGUAAAACUAAAACAAUCAAAAUCUCCCGCCUAAAUAAGAAGAAUAAAAAAAGCCAGGAAUUACAGGGACAACCACUAAUACAACUGGUACUACUGGAGCUGGUACAUAAAAUGCUAAUUAAUAGCCAAAGGGUAAAACUGAGAAAGAUCAAAUUUUAGAUCUCAAAACUGAAGUGAAUGAUUUAAUCUUAAAGUAUAACAAGCAGUUACAAGACUAUGAAUAUUUGAGAUAGAAGGAAUAAGAUUCUUUGAAUAUUGAGCAAGAGAUUGAGAGACUUAAGAUUGUUACAGAUGAGGUUAUUUCAGAAGAGCAAUAAAAAAUAUAAAAUUUGAGAUAGUAAGUAAUUCUCAAGAGAGCUGAUCUUGCUUAAAAGAAACUAUAGUCAUCAUUGCUAUAGAAAAGUUCUGAGGCAGAUUAGAGAGUAGUGUUAAAUGAAUAUUAGGCGAGUCUUGACAAAGAAUCAAGUAUCAAUAACUCAGCAUUGAAGGAUUUAUAAACAGCAAUCCCCAAACUUAAGUCUCAAAAUAUUAAUAACAGAGCAAAGGUAGUGUAACUAGACGAGAAGAAGAAGGAUAACGACGAUUUGAUUUAAGCUAGGAAAGAUUACCUCUUCACCCAAGAAAAGGCUAUGGAUAUAGUCAAGUAAAAAAUUGCUAAAUUAGAGCCAUUCUAAUAAAAAGUAAACUAGACUUUAGCAAGCGCCCCUUAGGGUAAGGUCUCAAGAAUACAACUUUAGGAUUUAUAAAACGAACUUGACUAGAUUGCUGGCGUUGAAAAGGAUAGUUCCUAAGUUUUAUUGGGAAAACUCAGUUCAUAUUUGGCAAAUGAGGUUGAACAGAGAAGGUAAAUUGCCGAAAUGAGAAAAACAAUAGUUGCUACAAAUGUCAAAAAUGUCCUUAAAAAAGAAUAGGAGCAGCUUGAAAAGGUUAACGAAGAACUUUAACCAAUCGCCAACUAGAGCAGAGAAGCUUAUGAAAAAUGUGCUGAGUUGAGGACUCUCGUUGAGCAAAAGGCAAAAAUGGUUGAACUAAUGAAAGAGGACAAUGAUAAAUUGAGAGAAACUAUGAAUUAGACUAAAGUCAAGCAACAGUAAUUAUUGGAUGAGACUGAUCUUAGACUUAUAAUGAUUGAUGAACUUAAAAAUUAACCAUUUGAAAGAGUAGAGGAAGAAAUAGUAUUCAAUAUGCCUGAGAAAGAAGUAGAAGAGUACUAGCAAAGUGUCCAUGAGAUUCAGCUCAUUUCCACUCUUAAAUCUGAGAAAGGAUUUUUAGUCAUUAUUGCAUAUGGUCUCCAUACAUAUCUCUACAUUAGCCACAACAAGUCAUUGCUAGAAGCAGCCAAAAAUUUCAAGCUUAACUGA